CGUAAUGGACCAGAUCUUUACGAUGAACAUCACCGCCACAGUGAAGGGAACGUUACUGGUACUGGCGGGAACAUUACUGCUGAUUCUGUUGCACAGAGUACUAACAGCCAAGAACUGGAACCAAUCAGCUGUCCCAGGUCCCAGAUGGUUGUUGGGUCUUGGCCCAAUUCUGAGCUACAGCAGGUUUCUGUGGAUGGGAAUAGGUACCGCCUGCAACUACUACAAUGACAAAUAUGGUAGCGUUGCUCGGGUUUGGAUCAACGGAGAAGAAACCCUUAUUCUCAGCAAGUCUUCUGCUGUAUAUCAUGUUCUCAAGAGCAAUAAUUUCACUGGAAGGUUUGCCAGUAAAAAGGGUCUCCAGUGCAUUGGCAUGUUUGAACAAGGCAUCAUAUUCAACAGCAACAUUGCACUAUGGAAAAAAGUGAGAACAUACUUCACCAAAGCUCUAACUGGUCCGGGUCUCCAGAGAUCAGUAGACGUGUGUGUCAGUGCCACCAAUAAACAGCUUGACCUCUUGCACGAGUUCAGUGACCCCUCAGGACAUGUGGACGUGCUCAAUCUUCUGCGCUGUAUCGUGGUGGACGUUUCUAACCAACUCUUCUUAAGAAUCCCUCUCAACGAAAAAUACUUGCUGGUAAAGAUACACCGAUAUUUCAGUACCUGGCAGACAGUCCUGAUUCAACCAGACAUUUUCUUCAGAUUGGACUUUCUGUACAACAAAUGCCACCUGGCAGCAAAAGAGCUCCAGGACGAAAUGGAAAAGCUUGUGGAAACAAAGCGUCAGGUCAUAAACAACAUGGACAAGCUGGAUGAGACGGAUUUCGCAACAGAGCUGAUAUUUGCUCAGAACCACGGGGAGCUGUCCGCAGACGAUGUGAGACAGUGUGUGCUAGAGAUGGUGAUAGCUGCUCCGGACACGCUCUCCAUCAGUCUGUUCUUCAUGCUUCUACUGUUAAAGCAGAACUCUGCUGUGGAGGAGCACAUAGUACAGGAGAUUGAGUCUCAAAUAGGUGUGCGGGAUGUAGAGUCCGCUGACCUGCAGAACCUGAGCGUUCUAGAGCGUUUUAUUAAAGAGUCCCUGAGGUUCCAUCCAGUGGUGGACUUCAUCAUGAGAAGAUCUCUGGAGGAUGACCAUAUUGUUGGGUACAAGGUGGCAAAAGGAACAAAUCUCAUCCUUAACAUUGGACGUAUGCACAAGACUGAGUUCUUCAAAAAAACCAAUGAAUUCAGUUUGGAAAACUUUGAAAACAAUGUUCCCAGUCGUUAUUUCCAACCGUUCGGCUGCGGCCCACGGGCUUGUGUUGGGAAGCACAUCGCUAUGGUGAUGACGAAGGCAAUCCUGGUCACCCUGUUGUCGAGGUUCACAGUUUGUCCUCGAAACGGCUGCACCAUCAGCACCAUUAAACAGACCAACAACCUCUCCAUGCAGCCCGUGGAAGAAGAUCCCAAAUGUCUGGCCAUGCGCUUCAUACCACGUGCACAGAACAUUAGCAAAGAAACGACAGACAACCACACCUGAACACCUCUCAG